AUGGUCAGAGGAGGCGGCACGCCGGGCCUGGGCCGGCGCCGUGCUGCUCCAGGUCCACCUCUGCUGCGCCGGCGUCCUCCUGUUUCCCCCGCCGCCGCCGCCAUUCCUGGGCAGAGGCCUGACGCUAGACCUGACAUAGUUAGCCGAAUCUUCAAGCUAAAGGUGGACGAACUUGUGUCUGAGCUGAAGAAAGGGACUUACUUUGGGAAAACACGAGCAGUCCUCUACAUUGUUGAAUUCCAGAAACGCGGUCUGCCCCACGUCCAUAUCUUGGUUUGGCUUCAAGAGGUACCAGAUAAACAAUCGGAUCUUAUCGGCUAUAACCUUGUUGAUGAAUUUAUGGUGCAUGGUCCUUGUGGUGAGAUUAACCAAAAAUGCCCGUGUAUGAAAAAUAGCAAGUGUUCUAAAUUCUUUCCAAAAGACUACCAAGCAAACACACUUGUCGGUGAGGAUGGGUUUGUGCGGUAUAGGCGUCGUCCCGAUACUGGGCAUUUUGUGGAGCGGUAUGGGGUUAGACUUGACAAUAGUGGUUCCCAACCAUUGGAGUCACUAGAUGCCCAGAGGCAGUCUGUAGACGUGGAUGAGGUUAAAGAAUACAUUGACUGCCGUUACUUAUCCUCCCAUGAAGCCAUAUGGCGUAUGUUUGAAUUUGAUAUACACUAUAGGACCCCUGCAGUGGAGAGGUUAGCUGUGCAUCUCCCUUGGAUGAAUACUAUCGUGUAUCCAGCUAGGCAGCCAUUGGCUGACAUUGUAGAUGACCCUCGUCACAUGCGGACAACAUUGACUGAGUGGUUUUCUGCUAACAGGAUGUACCCAUGCGUGCGAGAUCUAACAUACAUAGAAUUCCCCACGAAAUGGGUUUGGAAUAGGAAGGACAAGGCAUGGCGUCCACGCAAGGGACCUACAAAAAUUGGUAGAGCCAUAUACAUUAAUCCUAGUUGUGGUGAGCUUUAUUACCUCCGUAUGCUUUUGAAUGUUGUCAAGGGCGCUACGUCAUAUGAAGAUCUUAGAACGAUUAGUGGUGUCCUGUAUCCUACAUUCAAGGAUGCCCGCCAGCUAUGGGCCUCCUUGGCGAUGAUAGUGAGUGGCGUGAGGCUCUAA